AUGGCUCCAUUUACGUUUCCAACCGAGAGUGUUACUUUUGGUGAUCUUCUCCUUCGCAACGAACAGAAUACAGAAUUAAAACCAGUUCUGCAUGUUUCAGAAGCUCCAAGCAAUGCAGUGUUUCCAUCAGUUGCCAUUUUCUCCUGCUGUGACUUUCGAUUCAACCCUGAAGAGCUCUUUCAGAUAAAAAAGGGUGAGGCUUUUGUAUUCAGCACUGUUGGCGGCAAUGUAAAGCCUUGUUUCAACGAUUUACUUUUCCUGGAGACUCUUCUCGGCAACAGCAUGAAAGAAAUUAUAAUUAUUCAUCACGAAGACUGUGGAACAACUCGAGUUACCUCGCAGAUGAUUCGAGAAAAUACCAAAGCGAAUUCCAAUGCCCCAGCCUUGGAGAAGGAAAUUGACACUUGGCAGUUUGAUAUGCAUAAUGGGCAAAACCUGGAAGAAAGUGUUCGACGUGACUUGCAGUUUCUCAGAGACUCGCCUUAUCUUCGAAAAGAGCUGAGUGCAAAAGCAAGGGGCUUUGUAUUCUAUUUGAAGGCAAACAAGCUUGUUGAGGUCAAAUUGUAA